CCGCCCGCUCCGAGUAUUUCGCUGACAUGCUCGGCUGCUGCAGUUUGUCUCCGCGAAAACAAGCCGAGCGUUUUGGACGUGCGGCUCUGAGCUCACCAAAGUAGAUCAUUUCAGCUCAUCUGUGAGCAGCGGCAGCAUGUUCCAGUAGGCCUCCCAGUGUUCCCAGUGGGGUAAGGAGGACAUGGUGAACUCACUCUGCCUGGCUCUGCUCACCUCCGUUCCCCUGCUGUGGUUUGUGGGGGAAUCUGCGGGGAUGCCGGACCCCGCUCGCAGGGACUUGCUGAUGCGUGAGGAGGCGUCCCGGCAGACGGGAGGCCUGCUGGCGCUCACGGCGGCCGAGCAGAAGCUGGACGCCGACCUGCAUCGGUUAAAGGAGCAGGAGAUGGCGGCCACUCACUUCCUUCCUGCCUUACACUUCUUCAAGGCGAAGCCGCUCAUCGAGAAGAGCGCCAUCUACAGACUCUUGCAGAAGAUGCCUAAAGGUGGCGCUCUCCACAUCCACAGUUCAUCGCUGGUCAGCGCCGAAUGGCUGGUGAAAAACGUCACCUACAGACCUCACUGCUACAUCUGCUUCACGUGGGACAACUCGGUCCGCUUCCUGUUCUCCAAUCAGCAGCCCUUCCCUCGGUGGGACUGCUUCUACUGGCAGCUGCUGGAGUCGCUAAGAGCCAGGAUAGAGGACAAUGCAGGAUUUGACAGCAGUUUAAUCCAGCACCUCACCCUGUUUACUGAGAAUCCAGAUGGUGAAUAUCCAAACCAGGAUGUUGUGUGGGAGAAGUUUGAGAAGGCCUUCAUCGCCGCUGCGGGGUUGAUCACCCACGCUCCUGUUCUGAGGGAUUACAUCUACCAGGGAUUAGAGGAGCUUCACAGGGACAACAUCAUGUAUCUGGAGCUGAGGAGCGGUCUGUCCAGGACGUAUGAACUUGAUGGAACGAUUCACGACAAGAUCUGGACUCUGAAGAUGUUCCAGGAAGUGACAUCAAAGUUCAAACAAAAUUAUCCAGAGUUUUUUGGAGCCAGGAUUAUAAUUUCAGUCCACAGGGCUCUGAGCGUGUCAGAGGUCAAAGCUGCUGUGACAGAGGCCAUCCAGCUGAAGAAAGACUUCCCAGAUGUUGUUGCAGGAUUUGACAUGGUCGGCAGGGAGAAUAGCGGGCGGACUCUUUGGUACUUCAGAGAAGCUCUUUCCCUGCCAGCUGAGCUGGGAGCAUCGCUGCCGUACUUCUUCCAUGCAGGAGAGACGGAUGAUGAAGGCACAGACGUAGAUCAGAACAUUCUAGAUGCUCUUCUCUUCAAUACCUCUCGUAUCGGGCACGGCUAUGCUCUGGCACACCAUCCUCUCGCCAAAGAGCUUUCCAGGAAGAGGAACGUAGCUGUGGAGCUCUGCCCAAUCUCUAACCAGGUGCUGAAGCUGGUGUCGGAUCUGAGGAACCACCCUGCAGCCGUUCUGAUGUCCGAGGGUCACCCUCUGGUGAUCAGCUCAGAUGAUCCCGCUCUCUUCGGCUCAACUGGACUCUCCUACGACUUUUACGAAGCCUUUGUAGGAAUCGGAGGUCUGAAGGCGAAUCUGGGCACGCUGAAAGAGCUGGCCGCCAACUCCAUCAGGUACAGCUCGCUGCCAGCUCAUUUUAAAGACAGAGCUUUCGCCAUGUGGCAAAACAAAUGGGACGCCUUCAUCUCUGAUAAUUCGUGACUGUCCAAUUAUAACUGAUCCUGUUU